AUGCGAGUAUCUUUAAUGCCUUUGUUCGCGCUAUUGAAUUCGAAAAGUGCAGCAGAUGUCGAGCCACUCCGCGUGUCGUUAUCCAGACGUAUACCGUCUAUCACCGCCUUACCCAGUAAAGCUGUCACAAACCAUGUUAGUCUCAAUACAACACUUGCAGCAUUUAAACUUGUCACCCAAGAUGCCGCACAACCUCCGCUGCCCCGUGGAAAGCGUGUUCGAAUGCAAAACUUUGGUAAUGUCCAGUAUAUCGGUUCUGUGGGCUUUGGUAAUCCACCACAAUAUCUGGACGUGGUGUUCGACACUGGAUCAAGCGAUACGUGGAUUCCCGGCACUAACUGCGACAGUUGUGGUUCACAUCACCAAUUUAACUCACAACAAUCUACAACGUUCUUGAACACGGCAAAGAAAUUCUAUGAUGUUUAUGGAAGUGGGUCAGUAACGGGCACCGUAGUGUUAGAUACUGUGACUAUCUCGGAGCUCACAGUAACAAAUGCACGAUUUGGAGUGAUUGAACAUGAAAGCGACAGACUUCAGGGGUUUCUAGCUGAUGGGAUUUUUGGACUAGGAUUCGAGGGUCUCGCACACAUCAGUCGUCCCACAGUCUUUGCGGCACUUGCAGUGAGUUGCAUAUUGGGGGGAACGUCUUUGAUCAGUAUUCCAGCCACACAAUUUGAUCAAAUAGUGAAAAAAAUUACACAUGGACUCAAUUGUGACGGCAUUGACUGCGUUGGUGUGGGUGCCGCAAAUUUUCCUGUCCUCGAAUUUGGCAUGGAGCCGGAUAAUAUCUUCUUACUCCAACCAGAAGAUUAUGUAUUUUGUUCAGACUGGGGGGAGUGCACAUUGCAAAUUCAAUCUACUACAGACGAAUGGUGGAUCCUGGGUGAUGUCUUUAUCAAAACAUACUAUACGUUAUUUGAUGCCGAGCGUAUGCGCAUUGGCUUUGCUUGCAAUGGUGAUGUAUGCCAAGGUGGACGUGGCAACAUCUAUGGUGACAAUGGUGAAGGUAGUGCAUUUGUUGCAUGGGAACAUGCUUUUCUGUUAAGCUCGUGCUUUGCUGCCGCGUGCAUGUUCCUGUUCGUGUUCUUGCUUAAUCAGCAAGGCGAGGAGUCUCAGGACAUUGACCUACGGUACCCACCACAGAUUUUCCAUUUGCAUGAUCCAAAGCGACCACUACUUUAUGAUGAAGGAGAAUCACAACGUUACUACGCUAGUUCUCCAUCCUCUAUCACGGCGGUAGUGAGGUAA